AAGAUGAAAGUCUGUACUCCUCUCACUGUUGUCUUGGCUCUGAGUCUGUGCAGUGACUGUGCAAGGAUGCACCACAAAUCUGGGGCAGGAAGAGGCUCAAAGCAUGGGUUCACUCGCCCACAAGUGUUUACAGAGGAUGGGCAUUUAUGCAAAUUUCCUUUCCGGUUUGGUGGAAGGUUUCAUCACAAAUGUAUAUCAAACUCAUUUUCCAGAAAGAAAUGGUGUGCAACAACACAUAAUUUUGACCGGGACCAGAGAUGGGGACACUGUGAUCUUUCAUCCAGAGACCACACAGAUCACUGUGCAAACAACCCCUGCCAAAAUGGAGGGACCUGUUCUCUCACUCAUAGGAUGUACCACUGUACCUGUCCUGAGGAAUUCACGGGCGAGGACUGCCAGCUGAAGAAAUGUUUUGACAACAACCUCUAUGAAUUCUUUGAUGUGGGUGUGAGCUGGUCAAGAGCCCGACAAGGAGUAGUGGAGCAGUGCCUGUGUGUGAACAGCGAGAUCGAGUGUGUGCCUGUGGAACACGAAAAUUGUGUUCAUGAUCCUUGCAUGAAUGGUGGAGAGUGCAAGAUGAUUACCUCCACUGGGAAAACAGUAUGUGAUUGCAAAGAAAAUUUUGCAGGGAAGUAUUGCAAUAUUGUCCCAAGCCAACGGUGCUACAUUGGCAAUGGCACAGAUUACAGAGGUACAGCCAAGACAACCAUUUCUGGACACAGCUGCUUGCCUUGGAAUUCAGACCUGCUUUACCAAGAGCUUCAUGUUGACAGCAUUGGGAAAGCAGUGCAGCUUGGCCUGGGGCCAUUUCCUUACUGCAGAAAUCCAGAUGAUGAUGACAAGCCCUGGUGUUACAUCAUGAAGGACAACAGUUUGUCUUGGGCGUAUUGUGACAUUCCAACUUGUGCAAGCAGGGAAAGAAGGCCACCAGUCCCAGACAAAGUAGAUAAUUCUGCAAAUACCAAAAGACCAUGUGGAAGAAGACAUAAAAAAAGAAGUUUUGUGAGACCUAGGAUUGUUGGGGGAUCUUCAUCUCUGCCUGGAUCUCACCCCUGGACAGCAGCUAUAUAUAUUGGAGACAGUUUCUGUGGUGGAAGCCUGGUUCAGACCUGCUGGGUUGUGUCAGCAGCACACUGCUUUGCUAACAGUCCACUAAAAUCCACUAUUAGAGUAGUUCUGGGUCAACAAAUAUUUAAUAAAACGACUGAUGUAACACAGACAUUUGAAAUAGAGAAAUACAUCUUGCAUCCUCAGUAUUCCGUGUUCAAUCCUAUUGACCAUGAUAUUGCUUUGAUUAAACUGAAGAAAAACGGCCAACGUUGUGCUGUCAAGUCCCAGUUUGUUCAACCCAUCUGCCUGCCUGAAAGUAACACUACUUUCUCUAACCAGUUUAAAUGUCAAAUUUCUGGAUGGGGACACAAGCAUGAAAAUAUAUCUGGUUAUUCAGAUGUCCUGCAAGAAACACUGGUUCCACUUAUUUCAGAGGAGAAGUGCAGAAGUCCUGAAAUUUAUGGAAGAGAACUCACAGAAAAUAUGUUCUGUGCUGGCUACUUCGAUAGCAAAUCUGAUGCUUGUCAGGGAGAUUCUGGUGGACCUCUGGCUUGUGAGAACAAUGAUGACAUCUCUUACCUCUAUGGAAUUAUCAGCUGGGGAGAUGGCUGUGGCAGAGUCAACAAACCUGGAGUAUACACAAAAGUGACAAACUAUGUAAAGUGGAUUAACGAGAAAAUUUUCCCCCGAAAAACUAGUUGAACAGUUAAAUAAACUAACACUUGAAGCAGGGUUCAGAAA